AUGGAUGCACACACAAGAACUCCUCUUCUCAGAGAUCGCGAGAUGAUUUAUACUGUAGACGAAAGGGAUCGUGAAGACAGUAGUCGAGUUAGCACUGCGGACUCGCAAUUGACAGCUCUCGCAGAAGAGCUCGGCAUGAAAGCAGAUGCUUUGAGCGGUGCAAGUUCUGAAAGAGACAAAGAUGGUGUCUCAAGCAGAAGGAGAAAUGGACCCGCUGAAGCAGUGGUUACGAUCACUCGUGAACAACUUGAGGAACUGCAAACAGCGUUAGAAACAACAAGUGACUUGAUAAGACAGGUUGGAAUGAACUCUGUGGAAUUCGACGCGUUAAAUAGACGAAGAAGGUGAUCAGUUGUUUUUUGUGCAAUCCCGUGGGGUUUUACACGGUUUAUAUGCGGGCAAUCGGGUGAUAAUUUCAUCUCAAACUGUCUUUGUUUGUACAUGUACGUGCCAAAGGGGAAUUCUCGAAAAGUAAACAAUUACUUGGCGAUCGGAGGUAAAGUUCUCGACAGGCUUAAGUUAAGCUUAAAAAUCACAUGAAUUGCGUGCAUAUGAGCCAGAAACUGUUUAGCUUGAAUCUUGACUGAAAUUCCUCGUUGAUCAGAUACACCAUUGUUGUACUAGCUGUAGUCAUCAACAUUUGAGUACACGAUAUUUUACUUUACAAGAGCGCCAAAGGGUCACUAGACUGUCAUGAAUAAUAUAUUAGGGACCUACAGACUGGACUAUGAGUACGAGAUUCAAACCAGUUUCAUGUGCCCUAAAUGAAUACUUGUCAGAGCAAUUUUAUCUCUUAUGUUUGUUAAUAUUCUGGUUAGCCAGAGGACAGAGCAAAACUGUUUGGAAAGUGCUUUAAGGUUGGUUGGCUUCCGUUCUGACUACUUACUCCCCCACUUGAUAGAAAUCUCGCCUCUCAAGUUUUGAUUUUACCCACUCAAUUAACAAGGAAAAGUCUUUUUUUGGCUAUGGUCUCUCUCUCUCUCUUCCUAAUUAGCAUACAUGUACCUUUCAUCCUAAUGCCACUGGAUUCUGUUUAAAGGCAUUACAAGAUACCAAAAUGCAUCACCAGGAAUCUAUUACUCUUGACAGUCUUUUGGCAGGUGAGUAUACUGUUCAAAUCAAUAUCACACUCAUACAUGUAUGAUAACAUUGUGAUGGUGGUUGUUGGUUAUGAUCUCUUAGUGGUGCCAGACUUACCUUAAAUUAUGUGCACAACCUACAUCCCAUUGACUUAAUUGGAAUGGCUCUAUGGACUUAGUCUGGAAUGGCAUACAGUGUAAAUGGAGACCGAUUUAACACUGAUACUCUGGGGCACUGUUUUUGUAGUACAGUGUAUGUGACUAGUGCUAAAUACUAUUUCGUGUAGUUCUAUGAUGGCAGUCAUGGGCUGCUGCUUGCUAUCAACAUUACUGACCUCUUCCAGAAUACCUAGACAUUGCCUUACAGCAUGUUUAACAAGAAACAUAUACUUAUAAUUGUAACUAGAAUACAGUAAAAACCCACGUGUAAGAACCUACAUUUUUCCAAGUUUGGCAAAACAGGUUCUUAUAUUUGGGGGUAGUUAUUGGCAAUUUAGGCUAAAGUAGGUUCUUAGUUAGGUUCUUAAGUUUUCAUUAGAAACCAUUCCUGUACAAGCAGAAAAAAUAGGUUUGGUCCUUUAUGAUACAGCAGUUAUUUAUAACUGUCUUGUCAUGAGCCUUGUGCAAGACUAACAGUAUUUACUAGAAGUGAAGAAAUGCACCUGACUAAUGUUUCAAAUGGCUGAACUUCAAGGAACACAAGGUCCAAAGAAAACAAACAAUUACAGACUUCACUUCACAAAGUCACCAAAGUUAUACUUCUUAGUGAAAAAUUCUUAUGAAAAUAUCCCAUAACUCACAUAUAAGAACCUAAUAAAUUUUGCUUGGCUAAACAGGUUCUUAUAUUUUGGGGUAUAAAAAUGGGAAUUUCUGCCAGCAGGUUCUUAAACCGCUAUGUUCUUGUUCAUUUACAGGCUGUAGAAACAAGAGUUAUUUUCUUUCCUCUGCAGGUUCUAAACAUUGCAGCUGUCAGUGUUGUCGAGGCAUUUGAAAGUCGGUCAAGUAAAGACAAGCAAGAAGAGACAAGCAUCUUCCUAGCAGUAAGGACAUAAAAAGAUACACUUCUUUUAAACUGAGAGUGAGGUCAUUACAGGGAAAUCUCAGACCCAGGCCUUGACGUACAUGCAUUGACCAAGCGAUAGCAAGAGGUCAUUCAAGGUCGUGUUCACUGAACCAAAACGAACCUAGGGAUGCGAUGGAAACCGCAACACAUAGUUUCUUUGACAAUGAGAAAUUUUGGACUGGAGCCUGCAAGUAAAAACCAACUUAGUUAAACACAGAUUGUGUAUGCCUUGGACACCUCACUAGUAAUGCCCCAUUACAGAAACAAGCCCAUUGGAAAACAUUGCCUGUGAAAAGUGGGGUACCCAUUAGACUUUGCGAGUGUAAAUGAGGUUUCAAAGGUUACCUCCGUUUUCGGCCUCUUAUGAACUUUAUAGCGACUAACUGUUCUCACACUUUCAACAGACAAUGCAGAAACAAUAGGAGUAUGGUGCCAUUGUUUUAAGUGGUAGAAUGUCUUUGUCAUCGCUACAGAGAAGAAAACAUUUAUGCAACCAGAAGCAUUUUCUUUCGUGUGCACUAACAUUAAAUUCUGCGAAAUACAGUAGUCUUGUGCAAAUCAACUCGAUGGCAAAACUGGGGAUUUCUUGAUUGACACUCUUUCUUUGUCCUCUUUCACUCAUUUGCAUUUUCACAAUCAAUGUUUUUCAAUGAGCAUGACUUUCUGUAAUGUGGUCAUCAAGAAAAUGAUGCCCGUUUAGCAACCAAUCAGAGUGAGCAUACUAUAAUAAUAAGUAGCCAUAUAAUAAUAAACAAUUAUGGAGAGAUCAAAAAACAUUAUUACAAAUAAUAUUGUGGCAUCAGUUUCUAAACUGCAUUUAACUUUUUUAUUAAUUUUGUUUUGUUAUACAAUCUUGGUCCACAGAGCGUUAUUGUCAUUGUGGUGUUUCAGGCACUAAAUCUGAUUUUGGUUGCAUUUACAACAAGUAAGUGAAGAUGGCAUAGACUAAUAUCAAUUUCCUCCUCCUAACAAUAUCAUUACAAUCAUCAUCAAGAGAAAUAGGUUAUGAAAAUUAAGUGAUCACCAAGAUGAAAAUGUAUUGAUCUUUUUUCAAAUUCUUAACUAUUUCGUCAAGGAAUAUACGGAGAUCAGACUGAAUAAUAAUGUCUGUACAUACUGAGGCUGAAAAGGUUAAUGAGUUUGGAUGCUCUUGGUCAAACUCUGUACAAUAACAUGCUCAUUAGUAAUCAGUUGAUUUUUUCGAAAAAGUUCAACUGAAGAUUGUGAUGAAUUUAAGCGGAUAAACAUCUCUUCAAAAUACAAUGUACUAUGCCAGAUAUUAAAUUAUUUUUUAUUGAUUAUUAGAUUAUUAAUUAUAAUCAUAAAUUAUUAAAUCAUUGCUAACUAGUACAAAAAAACUGCUUCUGGUAGUAUGAUCUGCUAAAGCUGAAAGAAAACCAAAAGCAAAAGCACUUGUGUAUGCACAAUGAUCCACUUAACAGUUGAUCAAAAAUAGUGUUGGUUGAUGAUAAUUAUUCCACAGUUUGGCCAAUGAAGUUUCUGCUUUUUUUAUUGCAGUUAAACUGACAAAGCAAAUGAUGCAUCAAACCAUAACCAAGUCAUUCCUUGGGCAGUCAUUUCUUUCCACAACACUACUGUAUGCUGGUUUAUACACGCUGGUCUACAAAAUUGAUGUAAGUACUUUGAAAACCCAGUAUGGACUCGUUUAGAGGCCAGAUAAAGCCUGGGCUAAGCCGAGAUUAGUCUUCUUUAGGUAUUUCUGUUCCUAAUUUUCUGACUAGUAUCCCCUCUUCUGUUUAUCGGAGGUUGAGCUGAGCUCUUAUUCAGCCAAUGAUCCUCUCUUUGUGUUCCCAGUCAUUAUCAUUACUAUUUACCUCAUUAAUACGAUUAGGUGUAACUGGGUUGGCAAAUGUUUGGUGGUUUUGUUUGGUAGAACUUGUGUUCUUUGGUCUUGAAGUAGCUGUUUUUUCCUUUCCCUCUUAGAAAACUGCAUUUGAUAAUAUAUCAGGAGACAAUGCUGCCCUAAAAACACCACUAAUGUUUUUCAAAAUGGUUUUCUUCUCCAUUUCCACUGGGACACUCUGUGGUAAGUUUACUUGAGGUAGUACCAGGUAGGCUAAGAGAGGUUGUUUCUACUUGGCCUAUUACGGUUUGGGUAAACAAUGAAAAAAUCUACUUUAUUUAAGUGUGAAUGUAUUUUAGCACAGGAAGUACUACCAACUGCAGAGGGGUCCACCAUGUAGACAUCUGAACCAUCCAUGGGAUCAUUAUACAUUUUCUGGAAAACUGCCCACCUACCCCUCCCCAAAGCCAACAGCUUGCCCUAAGUGGGAAGUAAGUGAUAAUGUUGACUUAAGGGAGGGGUGGGUGGUCAGUUUAAGACGUGGAGUAUUGGCCCAGACCUGGGAAUAAAACUUACGACCUACCACUCUUUGGGCCAGCAUGCUACUGACUUAUCUAACCAUUCCACUUAUAAGGUGGUCAUGUCUGUUAUGUGAUGUAUUCUUUCCUGGACAUGUUUUCCCGAACAUAUGUAAUGAAAUUUAUCUCAUCUAAUUUUAACUUUUUCAGCUUUCAUAGCUGUUUCAGGUUAUGUUUACACUUCACACUUCACACUUACCAGACAACUUUUUGUGCUGACAUGAAAAGAUAUCCAGCACAGUGCAAAUGAUAACAGCACUGAACUGGAAACAAGUUGUUCACACACAUCAAACAUCUUACCAGAGCACUGUGUUUGUACAGAGUCUUGAAUUCUUGAAAAAGACUUGAAAUUUGCCCAGCUAUUUUCCAGACAUGGAAAAGGUAUGGAAAAUGGAGAAAAAGUCUGGAAUAAUGGUAAAAAGUCUUGAGUUUUUUUUUCCAAAGCUUAUACGACAAGACUUUAUUAGUGAAAUUUUUCGUGUUGGUCAAAUCUUAUUCAAUCUCACCCCUACUUUUGCAGCACAUCAUGAAAAAAAAAUUUUUCUGGCAUUUUUUAAGGUCUCUGUUGAUCAUGAACUAUUUGAUAACCUUGAAUCUGGAAAAAGGAGUUAUUGUUUUGGAAAAAAGUCUUGAAUUUUGGAUCUAAAAUCUGUAUUAACCCACCAAAUUGUAAUCCUCCUUUGUGAAUAUUUACUUCCAUCUUUAGUGGGUUUCAGUCCUUUCUCCUACUCAUUUAUGUUGGCUAAACGUAGUACAAAAAAAAACUGCAACAAGGAAUGGCAUAAGCAUAUCUGAAGUGUGUGAACAUAUGCCAUAUCUGAUAUGGUUUCAUGUCAGCCCAAGAGCUAUCCAGUACAGACUGAACAUGGGCUUUAUGUUAUGUUAGAGUUUCCUAAUCUGUAGUGCUCUUUACCUGUAUGUUUAACUCUUGCUUGGUAAAUAUCCUGUAACAGACUCUGGUGUGUUUUGUAUUUUUGGUUGUUGUAACCAAGAAGGUAAUUAAUUCUGACAUCUAUCUAACUGACCAUUUGCAGGACUCGCCUCUGUGGUUCCAGUUCUGUGGCCUGCACAGCUUAUUGCUUCAACACAGGUGUUGUGAUUGUUUAACUUUGUAUUAGAACACUUACUGGAGAGCUAAAGUGUGAGGGGAGGGGAGGGGAGGAAGGAAUAAAAUAUUUUGAUUCUUAUUGUCUUCUGCCCCCCUCCCCCACCACACUCACCUUGCAGGCUCUCUUGAUUUUUUAAUUUAAUUUUUAAUUCUUAUCUUUAAAGAUAAAGCUUUGUAAAGGCCAAAAGUAGCUCACUCGCCAAGACCUUGUAGCCACUCCCUUCUGCUAAGCUCAACGGGAGUUGCAUAGCGCGACACCCUUGGUUUUAGCAUCAGAAAAAUGCGAUGAAACAUUUGGCAAUCAGCAUGUAAAACUGGAGAAGUAAUAGUUUAUAAACUAUCUCUGGUUUAUCUUAGUUUAUUUAUUCGCUUGUAAGAUAACUUUAACUCUUGCGCUAUAUAUUUUUGAAAGCUUGAUUUCUACCGCCCAACCUCGUUCAGAAAAUGGGACCGCCCCUUCCAUUUUCUAAGGUAAAACCCUCAGGACAAGGUUGUCUGCCACCCUCUCGGGUCAGGGGCCCAUUUCUCGAAAGACUCGGAAACUUUUUGGGCCCGAAGGCAAUAGAAUCAAAACCUGUUGAAUAUUAGCACAGUUCCUAGCCCACAAACCACUCCAAGUUGUUUCGAUAACUGAUAGUUCCAUUGUGUUAUUUUCAAAAUUAUUGAAACUUUGAUCUUGAAUGCAAACACAGCAAACACAAAACAGCUUUCCGGGCCCGAAAAGUUACCGGGACUUUGGAGAAACAGGCCCCAGGUCUUGUUAGCUCAGGCUCCCUGCCCAAACAGUGGCUGGUAAUCAAGCCUGCCCCCCUCUUCCCUAAUUUUUUUCUUGUUGUCUUUUUCAGAUGUUAUUGAGUUACGUGUACUUUGCAUCUGUGCUGUAUAUGGCUGUUCAACCUCACAAGUCAGAUUUAAAAUGGAGAGUUAUCAGUAGAAGUUCAAACAGUACGCAGGGAAAUUACCGCAGCAUAAAUCCACAGAGAGUGGUCUGA